AUGGCGAAAACGUACGACUAUUUGUUCAAGGUCAUUUUAAUGUCAUAUUUUUGCAUUUGUAAUAUAAUCUGUUUUCCAGUUAUUACUGAUUGGAGACAGCGGCGUCGGGAAGACUUGCGUACUUUUUCGAUUUUCUGAUGAUUCUUUCAACAAUUCCUUCAUCUCCACUAUUGGUUUGUGAAAAUCACGUGCUCAUGCUAUUUUGUUCCUUCAGGUAUUGAUUUCAAGAUCAGAACCAUAGAGUUGGAUGGAAAGCGAAUCAAGUUGCAAAUCUGGUUUUUGGUAUCCUUUGAGUUUAUGAAUAUUUGUUUUUUUUUUUAGGGAUACCGCUGGUCAAGAAAGAUUCAGAACGAUUACAACCGCUUAUUAUCGGGGUGCUAUGGUUCGCUCUUCAUCAUUAUUUUUAUGUUUUAAUGUUCUAUUUACAGGGAAUCAUCUUGGUUUACGACAUCACAAAUGAGCGAUCGUUCGAAAAUAUUAAAAACUGGAUUAGAAACAUCGAGGAGCAUGCCGCUCAAGUAAUAUCAUUAUUACACGCCUUUGAUAAAAUGUGAAGAUUUUUUUCAGGACGUCGAGAGGAUGAUUAUCGGAAACAAAUGUGACAUAGAGGAAAGAAGAGAAGUUUCUCGUGAGAGAGGAGAACAGGUAUAGUUUAUUGGAAUUUUACAUUUUUAAUAAAUUUUCUUAGAAAUAAACUUUUCUCAGAGUAAAAUCUUAGAGUAAAACUAAUAAGAUUUCAAAAAUUCCUGUUUCAGCUAGCGAUAGAAUAUGGAACGAAGUUUAUGGAGACUUCAGCGAAGGCGAAUCUGAACGUUGAUGACGCCUUCUUCACGUUAGCUCGAGACAUCAAGAGCAAAAUGGAGCGAAAUGAAAUGCGCAGUGGCUCGACGGUCGCCACGGGCCGUGUUGCUGUUGGUUCUUCUUCUCAGAACAAAAAAAGCUUCUUCAGCAACUGGAGCUGCUCUAUCUUGUAA